CAAAUUUUAAAAAUACAUACACAUACAUACAAAGCGUAAUACUCGCGGAGCCAAAAAAUUAUCACGAAAAAAAUUGCAAACAGUGAUGUUGUGAUUUUCAUAAGUUUUCAAAAUUUCAAAAAUCUUGUUCCUUUCUGCCAUCAAAUUUUGAAUAAUUGUUCGUUUUUCGAAAAGAUUCUUUUUAUAAUCAAGAAGAUUUCAUAGACUAUACCGUCACAAUGGCUUCAAUUGGUUUCGAUAUGGUUUCAAGUGCCCCGGAUUGGCUCUCAGCAGAACAUUCUACCGGCACCACUAUUAUGGCUGCUGAAUUUAAUGGUGGUGUUGUUAUCGGAGCCGAUUCGCGAACAACUACUGGAUCAUACAUUGCUAAUCGUGUUACCGACAAGCUGACUCGAGUUACAGACUACAUCUACUGCUGUCGUUCUGGUUCUGCUGCUGAUACGCAAGCUAUAGCAGAUAUAGUAAAUUAUCACUUAGAAUUCCAGAGAAUGGAAAUGAAUGAAGAACCUUUAGUAGAGACAGCUGCUAAAAUAUUUCAAGAAAUGGUGUACAAUUAUAGAUCCAGUCUGUUGGCAGGUUUGAUUGUUGCAGGAUGGGACCGACGCAAAGGUGGUCAGGUUUAUUGUGUUCCUGUCGGAGGAAUGCGAGUUCGAGAAAAAGUUGCUAUUGGCGGAUCCGGUAGUGGAUACAUCUACGGUUUUGUUGAUUCCAAUUAUAAAGAAAAUAUGGAAAAGGAAGCAUGCGUCAAAUUUGUCGCUAAAGCCGUGUCUUUGGCCAUGGACAGAGAUGGUUCCAGUGGAGGUGUAGUUCGUAUUGGUAUCAUCGAUGGUACAUCGCCCAAAGUAGAGAGAAGAGUAUACACUGAAGAUCAGUUUUCCUCCUUGUAAUUUUUGCUGAUGUGAUGCAUUACGUGUAAAUUUUUUUUCAACUGUUAUAUCUGUGAAGGUCUUGGAAGAGUUAUUUCUAUAUUUACCUAUCGUCUGUAUUUUUUCUCGGUAUGAUUAAAAAAAUAUACAUUUUGAUAAUUUACUCUCAUUACUUA